AUGUCCGCCUCGUCAGCCUUUCCGGCUGGCCCUCCUCCGUCCAUGCCUGCAGGCAGCCAUGAGAUACGAGACUACUACUCCAACCAAGGCCCACCUCGGUCGUUGGCACACACUGCACCAUCCAUUACACCCUACCUAGGCCUCCGGGCUCGUUUAUCACAGAUAUGGCUCAAUCGAUGGACCAUACUGCUCCUGCUCGUUCUCGCUCGCACCCUUAUCGCCAUUUCUGGUAUCGACAACGACUUGGGCUCGGCACGACGCGAAGCACUUUCGGCAUGUUCGGACGUUGAAUCGAUGGGCUCCACCAUGGCAUCCAUGCCUCAUUACAUGUCGCAGGGCGUAAAUGAAAUGGCUGCCACCAGUGUUGAGAAGUCGGUCAACGGUCUGAUGCAGAUGACCAGCUUGAGCGUUACAGCUGUUGAAGAGAUUGUCGUGUUUGUCAUCGGCAUGAUGACAAAUACCUACCUCUGCCUGAUCACUUUGGCCGUCAGCGGAAGUUUGAAUACAGUUAUUGGAGCCCUGGACUCUGCACAAACUGGUCUCAACACACUCACCAAGAAUCUCGGAAAUGACAUGUCAGGCGCGGUGAAGGAUUUCGAAUCAGCGUACGACAAGUUUGUAGAUGCCCUCAAGGGCAUCACAGCGUUUGGACUCUCGGUUCCGCAACCUCCACCACUGAACUUGACCCAGCAAGUCAAAACCUUACAAGGUCUCAAGUUACCGGCGAACCUGGAUGCCGAUCUCCAAAAGCUCAACAAGUCGAUCCCUACCUUCGAUCAAGUCAAGAACUUCACCGAAGGUGUUAUUCGGCUUCCCUUCGAAGAGGUCAAGCAGCUCAUCAAUGGCUCCCUUGGCAACUACACGUUCAAUCGUUCUAUGUUUCCUGUACCUGAGAAGCAGGAGCUGAGCUUUUGCAGUGACAAUGACGGAAUCAAUGACUUCUUUGACAAUCUAGUUAACCUAGCUGCCAUUGCUCGCCGAGUUUUCAUUGGUGUCCUGCUUACCCUGGCUAUCCUGGCAAUGGUCCCUAUGGCAUGGCGCGAGAUUCGUCGUUGGCGGAAGAUGCAGGAGCGUAGCCAAUUGAUUCAAUCAGAUUCGCGUGACCCCAUGGAAGUUGUGUACCUGGUCAGUCGGCCUUACACUUCAUCUGCUGGGCUCAAGGCUUCACACUCUGUGGAAUCUCAGCGAAAGAAGAAUCUUAUUCGUUGGGUCAUUGCCUAUGCUACCUCCGACGCGGCGUUAUUUGUCCUUGCCCUCGCACUGGCGGGUCUCUUUUCAUGUCUUUGUCAGGCCAUCCUGCUGCGGUCCCUACAAAAAGAGGUCCCGAAUCUUUCCAACCAAGUGGGUGCCUUCUCCGACAAGGUCGUAACUCAACUCAACAAUGCAUCCCAGGCAUGGGCCAUUGGCACCAACGCCGCCAUUGCGUCCACUAGCCGCGACAUCAAUCAGGACAUGCUGGGGUGGGUCAACACCACCACGACCGCAAUCAACGAUACUCUCAAUGCAUUUGUGGACAAGACAACAGACGUGCUGAACACGACAUUUGGCGGCACGCCUCUGUAUGACCCAAUCCUGGAAGUCCUGAACUGCCUCGUUCUCAUGAAAAUCGCGGGGAUUGAGAAAGGGUUGACCUGGGUCCACGAUAAUGCGCAUGUCGACUUCCCAACUCUUCCGAAUGACACUUUCAGCUUGGGUGCCGUGGCCAGUCUUGCAUCAUCCAGCAACUCCGGUGACUCGUUUCUUGCGAGUCCGGGUGAUGCAGCAAGCGACAAGAUUACCAGCGCUGUUGCCCGGGUUAUCACCAUAGUAUCAGACACCAUUCGGACAGAGGCCAUCAUUUCCACCGUCAUUCUUCUUGUAUGGAUUUUGGUCGUGCUCAUUGGGGUCAUUCGGGCUCUUUCACUUUGGGCUGGGCGGGAGAAAGUUAGGGGUGAAGGUGGUGCUCCGGCAUUUCCUUCGUCCACUGCGUCAAAUCAUGACUUUCGCUCCAACGACCAAGACCGGUAUACCGGGUUCGCAGAUAUCCCGCUGUCGGCAGUGAACAAUACCAGACCAACGUCGCCAGCACCCAGGUAUACCCCAUCCAAGGAGGCUGACGUGCGGGAAGGCGGCUAUCAAGGAUCAAAGCUCGGAAUUGCUGGAUGGCGGGCGCAUGAGGAGACUCCACCCACUGGAAUCGACAUCAAACAGGGGAGCAUCUGGAACAGUUGA